AUGCUCAAAAUUCUCGAACAGCUCCUGGUCGGGAUUCACUAUGUGGAUGAGAAGAAGUGGAUUUCAAUAUACACCAAGGAAGAGAAGACUGGCGUUGCCAUCCUCCAAUACAUGAUCGCCGCAGAAGAAGAACAGCAGAUCUUAUAUCUGACAGGGAAAGUCCCUGAUGUAAUUCUGGGAAGUGUACAGGGAGAAGAAGAGCAACCGGAGAUCAAAAGCGAAAGCCCAAAGGACCUUGCUGAACUGAAGAAGGAUUAUGAAAAGAAGCUCAGCGAACUCCACCAGGCAUACUGGCUCCAUCAGGUGGCGCUAGGGCAGCUGGUUUCCGAAAAACCCAAAGGUCCCUAUAUCCGGGAAUGGGAGUUGAAGAGACGCCGGAAACGAGGUAAGAUGACAUUGGCAUGGGUUGAAGAACAGAAAGCCUGCGCAGCUAAAGGGGGCUGUUGUGGACGGGAUAGUGGAUGUUGUGAGAAGCUAUUGGGAACGUAUCCUGAACCGACAAGUCCCGGUCAGUUAAGGUUUCUCAAAAAUAAGAAGAAAGUCAAACCCAUAUAUGGGCAUUGUUCGACCUAUUAUUGUCAAUGUUGUGUGAAGUCUAGGGGAUUUUCGAAGCUCAACCCAGGGUUCACCGAGUCCGUUAAUAAACGAUACGGCAGGAAGCAAGCUGGGACUGUGAAUGAGGUACAGAGGCAGUUGCGUAUAUUCCUUCUCGAGCAGCGCAGAUCAAUGGCGGGUAUAUCUUAUUUGCAAUCAGUUCUGGAACACGCGAAAGCAGGCGAGACGAAGCAAAUAGAAGUCGUAGCGGCAGAGAAAGAUGACUAUGACAGGCCUGAGACGCGCUCCUCCAGUUCUUCUUGA